AUGGGUGAGAAGCACAUUGCUGGGAGUCAGACCCAUACGGGCAGGUUGGAGGAACUCCAUCCCAUCCCUUGUGUAGUCAAUGCCCAGACCCUGUCUCUGAGCGACGCCCUGCCUAGCAGUGUAUGCUUUGAUCUCUCGACAGUCAACCUCCAAAUACCAAGCACCCUUGACGAUGUCAUGAUGCAAUUUCAGGAGGGCCACUGGCAACUCCACAGGAAGUUUCCAGCCCACAUGCCACUGCACCCUUCGGCGGAAGUGCUCAGGUGCAUGGCGGAGCAGCCUGCCACUUUGCCAACCGCAGGACCCGGGGCCAAUUGGGAUGCCAUAGAGGUCUUUACCGAUGGGUCUUUCAAUGGAAAGGUUAGUAGCUGGGCCUUCCUCGUCCUGGGUUGGGCGUCUGACUCGGUACAGGUCAUCGGAUGGAUGGCCGAGCAGGUAGUAGUAGGUGAGUCUCUACCACUGUCCAUAGGAGCCACCUGUCACGAUGCUCUCAGAGGAGAGCAAUCUGCUCUCUUCUGGGCCCUCGCAUGGCUCAUGCAAGGACCCACGGCCGUUCCUGUGCACAUUUGGUCAGACUGCCUGGUUGCCCUUCAGCAGACAAGUGGAAGCUUUGGUUGCCAAGCUGAGGACUCUCCAGCGCGCAGCGCCAGAGCCCUUUACCAGGCCCGGCAUCCACGGUCCAGAUCGAAGGCAAACGAAUGCGUAGACGGUCUGGCCAAAUGGGCGUGCAAAGUUGCUUUACUGUGCGGCACCAAGCCAAGACACCUCCUAGCUGAGGCUGCCAGACUUGACAAACUGACAUGGUGGUGGCUGAUCAUCGAUUCAGUCAGGCCAUGGACGAUCGGUCUUCGCGGUCUUGUGUCAGAGGUGGCCACAUUUCUGAGUGCGGCGGCCCACCACCGUGAACUGCUGCUUGUGGCGACCGACAUGCGUCAGACCAAGCACGACCUGCGCGCAUCAAUCAGGCACGACCAGAAGCACCGAGUCACCCAGGCCGCUCUUGAGGCCACUACCAACCCGGUUGCGGAUACCGUUACUGCGCUCAAGCCCCUUCUCGGGCCGCCCAAGCGACGUUGCAGAGUUAGACAAGGCCUUCCCAUGGUCCUGGAUGAAAAGGGCAAUGUAGCCGACACUCCGGAAGAGGCCGAGCAGAUCUGGAUCCGCCACUUUUCGGGACUGGAGGACGGCAAGACGUCCGAGCCACUGGACUUGGUGACAAAGUGCUUUUCGCGCCAACUAGACCGCGAUUUAGACCUGCUGUCCCUCUCGGCGACUGACUUCCCAUCGCGAUGUGAGCUGGAGCGGUCCAUCCGUUCAACCAAGACGGGCCGGGCAGCUGGGGUUGACAAUCUGCCGGGCGAGAUUCUGCACUAUGCGGCUGGUUCCGCUUCCAGGCAUACUCGUCUCUUCAUGCAUCGGCAAAAGCCUGCAUCGAUCCGGUUCCUGGCCGCCUUACCGCUUGAGCAGGUGGCUUCACCCCUACAACUGGGCGGACUUCCCCACCGCCUGGUGACCAUGGCAUCGCAAGCUGUGCGACUGUUCCAACAUGGAGCGGUACUCCACAAGGAGUCUUAUGCGCUGGUGUUUUUGGACUUACGCGAAACGUUUUAUCGCAUUAUACGUCCGUUGAUUACCGGGUCCCGGUUCAACGACGAAGAUUUUGCGAGUGUGGCAGCUACCCUCCGCUUGGCACCAGACACUUUGUCGAUUUUGCAUGCACACCUGCAGUCUGAUUCAUUGCAAGGCCAGGCCGGUGCGUCCUGCUGGGCGGACAUGUCUUUGUCAGAGGUGCUUGACUGCACUUGGUUCCGAUUCAGACGUGGACCGCAAGUAGUUGAAACUUCUAUCGGCAGCCGUCCACGAGACACUUGCGCCGAUAUUGUUUUUACCUUCCUAUUCGCCCGAGUCCUAGAUAGCCUCCGCACCGAUCUCCAAGCCGAAGGCAUUCUGACAUGUCUUCCCUGGUGUGAUACCAUGGCAACACGGGUCACGCCUGUGGGGGCUCGGGUAAGAGUAGUUUCGCAGUAUCGGCAUCUCGGAGGGCUGAUCCACCAUUCCGGCAAGGUGAUACGUGAGGUCAGAAGCAGAACUGCCCUCGCACAUGAGGCCUUUCAAAAGCACAAGCGUGCCAUUUUCGGGUCACCAGUCAUCCCUCUGUCUUCCAAAAACAUACUGUUCGAGUCCCUCGUCCUGUCGAUACUCUUACACGGUGCCGGGACAUGGACGGAGAUUGACAAGGCCUCCAUUAGCGCGUUGAGUCAUGCAUAUACGCUCAUGGUCGCACAGAUGCUCAGGCCCCUUCACCAAUUUGACGAGGCCCUCCGUCUAGGACCCAGUCGCAUUCUUGCCGUUGCAGGCCUUCCUUCCAUUUCUGUACUCCUGCAUGUGUCUCGCCUGAGACACCUCCUUCCAUGCGUUAGGCUCAAAAUACGCGAGAUAUGGGCUAUCGCCCACUGGGAGGGUCAGUGGCUGCAGCAGGUAUGCCUCUCCCUUGGUUGGUUGCAUGCACUAACUGGAACGGACAAGAGCACAUGGGAACACUCUUGGGAGCAAUGGCGAGACAUGAUGAUCUCGCACCCGGGCAGAUGGAAGGCCUUGCUGCGACGGGCACAGACCCAAGCGACGCGCCAGGAAGCUUGGGACGCCGCAAGGGCGUAUGCUGCAGGCCUACUUUCACGCCAGCUCAAGCACCUUGGGGGAACCCUGCUUAGCCCUGCAAUUGAGACGACGGACCAGCGUCAUGGAUGUGCGUUGUGUGGCCAGACCUUCAGCAACUACAACAAGUGGUCGUUGCAUGCGUUCAAAAAGCACGGGCGCAUCAUGGAGGGCCGAGGGAUACUGCAGGGCUCUCAGUGCCAGGCGUGUCUCAGGCACUUUCAGAACAACAUACGCUUGUGCCGGCAUCUACGCUUCACCCCGGCCUGUCGCCUUAAGUUGCAACAGGCGGGUUUCGCUUGCGACGCAGAACCAGGUGUGGGCAGCCGCAAGGCGGCGCACCCACUGCGCCCGCAAGCACCAGUUGUGCAGGCUGCAGGGCCAUCACAGCCCCUACAGUGGCAACCAGUCACAGAGGAACGCCAGAAGCCGGUUGCUGAAAUACUGGACUGUCUCUGCCAUCUAGACUUUGACGGAACGCUCCAAACAGCGACACAGGCCGACAUCUGGCAGCGUCUAAAGACUUCUUUUGGGUGUGUAUGUGCCCCCACCGGACGGCUCCGUCUUACUGUGCUAGCAUGGGCGCACCUUGUUUCGGACUACCCGCCCGCCACCCAAGUGGUGCUUCGCCCAUUUGUUGACUGGCUGAUGCAGGCAGACUUGAUUGAGUGGCUUAUCCCUGACCCUUCCUCGCAGGAGAUGGCCCUUUGCAGGUUCCGUGACUGUGGGGCCAUUCUGACUGCCUUGGACCUCACAUGUGUCCACUUGCCGGAACCUUUGGUUUCAGAGGACGACAUCACGGUCGUUGCCCCUGCUUCGUGGACCUCGCGUCAAGGUGUCAGCUUUUGGCGAGGUGCCCUCUCCUUCACGCAUGAAGAUUGCCUACAGGAGAUUGCAGAUGGUCAUUCCCUUUCCUUCUUUGAGGGUCCGUAUGAGGGGACCAGAUUCGUGUUGGUGGCUUGCGAACUGCCUUCCCAGGCGGAGGUUUGCCCAGACCGACUUCCCGACAAGAAGUUCCACAGUCAACUGGCGGCAGCUGAAUUUGCAGGGGAUCUCCUCCGCCUUUUCGUCCGACUGCUUGGACUUGGAAUACCGUCGGCCUUCCUUGACCAGUGCUCCUGGGCAGUCCCUGCUAGCUUUACAGCCGCAGAGAAGAACAAUCAGGUGCAUUGCCACGAGGGUGGCGACAACUGCAAGGCGAAGGGCGCCAAGCAGAUUGUGGUCUGA